GUACCGCGGUGCGGUACACGUUGGUUAAACCUCGCUCCCAAAUUGUCUAGAUGAAACCAGGAGCACUUCAGAGAGCAUGUAUCGUACUUUCCCCCCUGGAGACGAGAUCUACACAGGACAGCUAGAAAAUGGCGAAUGAGAAGAAAAUGCCUUUGAAGUCACUGAUCACUGUGGUCAGUGUCUUUUUGCUCAAUGUUCCACCCAUGGGUUUGUCAGAAGUUAUGACACGGCCUCGCGGUGUGUCCUUAACAAAUGAGGAAUUCUACCGAGAUCCACAGUGGUUUACCUGCCUAGAUGGGUCGAGGCGGAUUUUAAAAAGUCAGGUGAAUGAUGACUACUGCGAUUGCUUGGACUCUUCUGAUGAACCAGGAACAUCAGCUUGUCCGCAGGGCAAAUUCCAUUGCAACAACAAGGGAUUCAUUCCUAAGUACAUUCCUUCCUCUAGAGUAAAUGACGGUAUUUGUGACUGUUGUGAUGCCUCUGAUGAGUAUCUACUUCCAGGCGCCGCCAAGUGCACCAAUAAUUGCCGAGAGCUAGGCAGGGCGGACCGGGAGAAGCGCCAGAAGGAAAUCCUGUUGAUGAAUCAGGGUUAUGAGGUGCGCCUAGAGUACAUCAAACAAGGAGCCCAGAAGAAAGCUGAGAGAGAGGAAUCCCUUCAAAAGCUCAGGGCAGAGAAGGAAAUAGCUGACCAACUAAAAGAUGAGAAAGAGAGGAUAAAGCAAGAAGCGGAAAUCCCUGAGAAGGAGGCUAAGGAUGCUCACACAGCAGCAUGGGAAGCACAGCAGGCUAUCCUGAAGGAAGAAAGGGAAAAACAACGUGCCAGUGAUGCAUUUGAUGAGCUGGACACUGACAGUAAUGGGCUAAUUACCCCUGGAGAGUUGGCUGACCAUAAAGAAUUUGAUUCAGACGGGGACGGGGAAGUGUCAGAAGAAGAAGCAAAGGUUUUGUUGGGUGGCGUUGAUCAAGUAAUCAAGCCCACUUUCACUGGGCCAGUGUGGGCUGUCAUUAAGGACAAGUAUAAAUCUCAGAAAGACCAGGUGACACCAGAGGAGCCAUUGCCCAUCCCGUCUCCUCCAGAGGAGGUAGGUGAGGAUUAUGUCGGUGCCAGAGGGGAGAAUGGAGACAUGGGCGACUCAGGAGACAUUGAAGACUCAGAUGAGGAGGAUUUUGCCGAUGAAGAUGAAGACGAUGAAGAGUUUGACGAGGACAUGGACGAGGCAGAAUUGAUGGAUCAAUAUGCCAAACACCGGACAAAGUACGAGAAGCAAAAAGAGCGGAAAGAAAAAGGAGAGGAAGGGGAAGAAAUGCCGGAAUACGAUGAAUCAACCAAGAAGCUCAUUGAAGUUGCUGAUGCUGCUCGGAAUGAAUUCAAGGAGGCAGAGAAGCAAGUUGAUGAUUUGAAGAAAUCAAUUGAAGAUCUAGAGAAGCUGCUAAGCGUAGACCUGGGGCCACUGCAAGAGUUUGAACCAUUACAGAAACAAUGCUAUGAGUUCACAGAUAGAGAGUAUACAUAUAAACUGUGUCCAUUUGAUAGAACAACACAGCGGCCCAAAUCUGGCGGUUCAGAAACCCAGUUAGGGACGUGGGGCCAGUGGGAGGGGCCACCUGAGAAUAAAUACAGCCAGAUGAAAUACACCAGGGGUAGAAACUGCUGGAAUGGGCCUGAUAGGUCCACAUUGGUUAAUCUGCGCUGCGGCCUGGAGGACAAGCUUGUGGCGGCCAGUGAACCAGAACGAUGCACUUACGAAUUUCAGUUUGAAACACCUGCACUAUGCAUAACGAAAACAGACUUGGAGACAGGAGAAACAGAUAGCCAUGAUGAACUAUAACCAUGGAUGUUAUUAGUGGGGGUGGGGGCUUUAUGUAGAAACUAUGAGAUGUCCUCUAACAAGAUCAAGUUUGUUUUCUGUGCCUGCAUUUGGGGUUGUUACACAGGUCUUUUUUUGGGGGGGGGAGUGAUUGCUUGACCACUUUUUUAGGGGGUUAACGACUUCCUGCCGGGGCAGUUAUCAAUGUUGAUGAUGUUGGGCCAGGAUAUUUAUCAUUUUUUUUCUGUUUUCAAAAUUC